GUCUGGUCGCGCUAUUGUUGUUUUGAUAGUAUGCAAGCAAUCACACUGCAUAGUGAACACAUAAAAGUUGAUGCCUCCGACGUUGCUAGUUAAAUAGAGAAGAAGCGUGGCCAAGCAAACGCAGAUUCAAGCUUAAGCAGGUCGACCUCAUCUGGAAACAAAGAAAAUCGCCGAAAUCUACUUGUGUAAUUGCGUUAAACCGCCAAUGUUGCAAACACGAGUUCCAUUUGUCAUGAGGGCUAAUUCCGAAUAAAUGCUGGAUUUUUUAAUGCUCUGCGAUAUUUCUUCACGUCAGAUAGGCAGCUCGGGCAAGUGGAAAAUCGAAUGUUGUCAGUAAACAAAGUCGCAUAAAUUUUUACACCAAUCGAGGAGGAAUCGAAGAUUUUCGGCAAGUUUCCCCUUUUCGUGCGGUAAUCAUUACUGCUGUGAGUGCAAUUCAUGCUCAAUCGAAGAUUACACAUCAGGACUUUAGUGGUUAUGUUCUGAAGUAAUAGGGGAUCGUUGAUUAGAUAAAAACUGAUUUUUGUGGUACCGAAAACAUCUUGUAUCUAAAAAGCGGAAUAAAAAAAGAAUGGCCGGAGUCGAAUCAUUAUGCGUGCUUGGACAGUCAAAGCCAAUCGUGGAAAACAAGACCAAAUCAGUGAUAUCGUCAACCAAAUUAAAGAACAUGAAAAACAGGCCAAUUGAGAAAGUGUUCACGGCAUCAGGGCAAGCCCCAAGCCCAAGCAAAGAUUUUUUUGAACUGAUUAUUGCUAAGGAUCGUGUGAUAUGGCGAGCAUGGCGCAUUAAAUACAAAAACCAUAGAAUGAUUAUGCCUUCUGAAGAGUGUAUCAGCUAUGAUGAAUUUCAGGAUGAUAAUAGGAUCCAAACUGAAAUUUUCAGGAACCUCGGCGACGACGUCUUGCAGGUAUCCCUUGGUUAUGUCUCUAGGGAAUGGAUUGCUCGACUGCCUUCUUCCGUAUUGAGAAAUAUUGCUGCAUAUCUUAGUAUCAAAGACAUCACCGUUUUAUCACAGGCCUGCAGCACCCUGAGGCACGUUGCCGAGACAGCCAGUUAUGGCAGGAGUGCUAUUGUCGUACGUUUGGUGCGUGGGACGAUCUCCGAGAGCGACGAGCGAAGAAAAUCGGCUGGAGGAAAGUGUUUAUAGAGGAAUGGGAACGACUUAAAGAUAUCGACUGGGACGACCUUUGAAAGGUCUCUGUUUGGCUUCCAAAAACUAUAAAGAAUUCUUCGAUACUGCCAAGCUUCGAGUGUUUUGAAACAUACAUGAUUUAAUUAGGGUGUCUGAGAUUCACAGUAUUGUUUGCUAAAGAUUCUAAUUUAUAUUUGCAUUUCGAGUAGAUUUUUGUCGAUAGGUUUAUGAUGCAGAAAAGGUAACGUUAGUGCUUAGCAUUUGUAAAGUAUCUUUGUGAGCAGCUGUUGCGUUUAGUCAUAAAAGAAAUGCUUUUACUAAAAGAGUCAUAGAUUUUACUGCCAGGAAGUAGCCAGUUGAGGCUCCCAGGGUUGUAACUGUUUGGCUAAAAAGAAGCCGAAAGUAUCAUUGCAGUAUCCAAUGCUAAAUAAGGAAAUGUUAUCCAAAUGCUAUCCGAAAAGUCAAAAUGCAUUGUUAAUAUACAAAAGUUUAUUGGUUGAAUAAUCGACACAAUUAAUUUUAGAGGAAUUUCAUCAACUGAUGCUUCGCAAAAAGCAGAAAAAGUUGCAUAAUAAUUAAAGCAACUGAACUGGGCUUAUAAGGUCUUUUGGUGAAUUCGUUAUUCCGGUAUUCCGGUAUUCCGAUGAUUCAGGAUGUCGCUGGCGACAAAAGGCGAAGUAUCUGCAACUGACACUUGAUAUUUUGAGCAUUUGUUUGAGGAAUUAGAGACACCACAUUCCAUGGAGUGAGUUAGUAAUGGGCGUAGCCCUUGAAAACGAUUACAACCACGCCCUUUAACAUUACUUUAUCACCCUUCUUGUUCAUUUUUCAGUGCUACUUCUUUCAAUAGGUUUAAUUUUAGAAAUAUGAAUUACCUGAUGCGCAACGGAUUCACUCAUAUUUAGAGUAAUUCAGUAAACCAUGAUGUGAUUGAUGUUUUGAGGGGCAAAUCAAUUCUUCAAAGCCCCCUUUUUGGCGCCAUAACGGAUUUGUCUUUCUUUUAACUUUUUGAUCCCACAUUUAUCUGUUUUAGCCAAUUGAUUUACUGUCUCGGAACGUCCCCCGUCUACCUACAGGCUCUCUGACUUUACAAAGUAUAUCACUUACCGCUAUAAUUCUUUGCGAUCCAUUAUUCAUUAUGACCCAGCAUCUUUAAUUCCAUUAAAUCUAAAGGAUAUUUUCCCUUGGUUUUGAGGGCGUUCAUGAUCUUUAAUCGCCGGGAAGAUAGUGUUGUGAACUUGCUGUAAAUAAUUCGUAAUGCAUAUACAGUAUUCUCUCCAAUUAGCGGACACCGUCGGGGCACGAGCAAGGUUUCCGCUAAUUGGAAAUGUCCACCUUUUGGAAAGUUUUGCAAUGUAAGUCCCAAAUUUGAAAAUAGACCCGAGUUUUGUAUUCAGUAAUCAGUGUAAUCAGUGGUGGCGCCAGGGGAGGGCUACAGCCCCUCCGUCGGAAGCAUCUAGCCCCCCAUCGGAGGAAGUUAUUGGAAAGAGGUUGAAUCGUGGAGGUGGCUAUAUCUGGAGAUUCCAGUAAUUUACCACUUUCAUGGAUUCAUGGACAAGAAAACUUAGUAAACUGGGCUGUAAAGAAGCUCGAAGCUGUAAAAAAACAACUAGAUUGUCAGAAGUCAAAGUGUUUGAAAUAGAUAUUUGAACAAAUAUUCAUUCGUCUAAGUUUUUUGUUUGCUAGCUCCUAACUUUUUUGUAAUGUCCGCUAAUUGGAAUAAAAAAAACCAAAUUGUCUAUUUUAUGCAAAAAAAAUUGUCCUCUUUUAGAAUGUCCGCUAAUUAAGUGUCCGCUUUUUAGAAAGUUUUUUAUGAGACUUUGACCAGAAAACAAUCGGGGGAAAAAAUUUGUUCGCUAAUCAGAGGUGUCCGCUUUUUAGAGUGUCCGUUAAUUGGAGAGAAUACUGUAUCACUCACAAUUCUGAUAUUUAGAGCGUGAUUAGGAAUGUUAAUAAAACUGACCACACUGCAUGAA